GGUCAAAAGGGAAGUGGCCACACUUCUUAAACCCUUCCACCACAUAGCGCAUGUCCUUGCAUCGCUGGUACGGGUACGGGUAGCGGAAAUGUAUCGCUCCAACUAAUAUGGAUUUUGAUUCUAAAAGUUGUUUUUGUUUCCAUGUAAGGGGAAUAGAGGAAAAACUGGAAGCAAAGGCUUAAGAGGAGGGAGAGGAGAAAAGGGAAAGAGGGGAGAUUUUGGUUCAACCGGGCCUCCAGGAAGACAAGGGCCUUACGGGACACCUGGCUUACAAGAAGAGAAGGGUGAAAUGGGCGGACCAGGUGUAGAGGGAGAGAAGGGGAAGAUGGGACUAACAGGCCCUCCUGGAGGUCAGGGGUUGAAGGGGACACAAGGCCCUUUGGGACAGACAGGGACGGAUGGCCUAAAAGGAGAACAGGGAGACAUUGGUCCUCAUGGGGAAUGGGGGACCCCAGGUCUACCUGGACUGCCUGGUUUGUUUGGAGAAAAGGGUCUAAAAGGAUUUGCUGGAAAAUCAGGUCCUGCUGGAGUGAGAGGCCUGCCUGGCCUCCCUGGACCUCCUGGCCCCCCUGGAACUUCUCUGAACCUCACUCUGGCACAACUCAAGGACCUCAUGUACCUGUCAGACAAGCCCAACUACCUCCUGAUCCAGACUCUUCUGGAUUCAUUGCACCAGGACCUGCGCUUGUUCAUAGAUCCACCAGACGGCACCAAAGAACACCCGGCUACCACCUGCUUGGAGCUCUGGCUCUCCCAGCCCAACUUCACUAACGGUAUGUAUUACAUUGAUCCUAACCAGGGCAGCCCAGCUGAUGCCCUUCUGGUGUACUGUGACUUCACUGCAGCACCAAAGACCUGUCUGUCUCCGCUCCAGCCUCAGGUGCCAGUAAAAGCAUGGCUGAAGGAUUCUGGGACAAAUAACUCAUUUCAUUGGUUGAGUUCAAAGGAAAAAGGCUUUCAGUUUGAGUAUCUAGGACCCGACGUGGUGCAAAUGAGGUUCCUGAGGUUGAACAGCAGGCACACCAGUCAGAACAUCACCUACUCCUGCCAGCCUGGGAACAGACAGGGGCCAGGCGAAAGAGAGGUGAAGUUCCUGGCAGACACACAAAGACAGAGUUACCUGGGGACAUUACAAGAUUGUGUGCCCUCUGAGGAGCUACAUUCGGAGGCCGUCGUGAGUCAGUGUUCCAGUUUGAGAGUGAGGACCUAG